UUUGUGCCUACAAUGACUACCACAACCUUAAAUAAUGUUUGUGGUAAUGCCAUGCCUGCCCUCACCUCCUUUUCCCCCAUUUUCAUAUCAACCGCUGAAAGUGCAUGACACCUACCCAACAUAUCUAAAUAUCCCACAGUGACAACUUACUGCUACAAGUAAACCCACAUCAAAAGAUGAAGUUUAUGAAGAUUGGAACAAGACCAGAUACCUUUUACACUGAAGAUGGUACUAGGACAAUAAGUUCAGAUGUGCCCAGUGAUCUUACUAUCAAAAUCAACAACUUGGCCUAUCAUCUUCACAAGGAUCCACUGCUUCCUAAGUGUGGGCUCUUACAGAGACUGGUCUCAAAUCGCGCACCAGAUCCGGACGACGACAUCAGCCUGGAACUGCACGAUACGCCCGGGGGCGAAGAGGCUUUCGAGGCGUGCGCUAAGUUCUGCUACGGGAUAACCAUACACGUGAGCGCCCGAAACUUCGUCCCCGUCUUCUGCGCCGCGAAAUUCCUUAGAAUGACGGGGGCAUUCGAGAAGGGGAACUUGGUCCCGAAGCUCGAGGCGUUCUUCGCGUCAUGCAUUCUCAGAGGCUGGAAGGAUUCGAUUCUCGCCCUCAAGACGACCCCGAAGCUGGCUGAGUGGGCAGACAACCUCGGGGUCGUCAGGAAGUGCACGGACUCCGUGGUGGAGAAAAUCCUGACCCCUCCUGCGGAGGUCAGGUGGUCCUACACCUACACCAGGCGCAGGAGGGGCAAAACGGGGCGCGGAGAGAAAUCUCCGCCGCCCAGAGACUGGUGGACGGAGGAUCUCUCCGCGCUCGACGUAGACCUCUUCAAAUGCACGCUCGCUGCGGUGAAAUCGUCGGGCGCAUUCCCGCCACAGCUCAUCGGCGAAGCCUUACACGUAUACGCCACCCGGCGGCUACCCGACGCCAAAAAGACAACGAGAUUCUCGAGAACCCCGCGGGCAAUUCUCGAGACCAUCGUGGACCUGAUCCCGACGGAAGCGGGAUCAGUCUCACUCAGAUUCUUGCUGAGGCUUCUCAGUGCCGCUAACCACUUGGGAGCAUCACCCGCGACGAAGGAGCAGCUCCUCCGGCGGUCGGGGGAGCUCCUCCCCGAGGCGCAGGUGAGCGACCUGCUCGUGCCGGCGGCUCCGCCGCCAGAAGAGGAUGGAAACUGGGGCCUGGAGACCGACACGGCACCGGCACGGGACGGACGCCGGGGCCGAGACGUUGAGCUAGUCGGGGUUGUUUUGGAGAGUUUCUUGAGGCAGUGGAGAAGGGGACGGCAGCUGGGAUCCGGCGGAGAAGAAGAGAGCGAUCAACGGCUGAGAUCAAUCAGGAAGGUGGGAAGGUUGAUUGACUGUUAUGUGGGAGUUCUUGCAAGGGAUCGUCGUCCUAGAGUCCCAGUUGAGAAAUUGGUGUUUUUGGCUUCGGCUGUUCCGGACAUUGGAAGGCCUCUUCAUGAUGAACUUUACCAUGCAGUAAAUACUUAUCUUAAGGUGCAUCCUGAGCUAAGCAAAGCCGAGAAGAAGAGACUCUGCCGCGUUCUGGACUGCCGGAAGCUAUCGCCGGAGGUGCGGGCCCACGCGGUGAGGAACGAGCGGCUGCCGCUGAGAACCGUCGUGCAAGUUCUCUAUUUCGAGCAGGAAAGAGGCGCACAAGUCCACACACGGCCACGUGCGGCAGACGAGAAGAAGGAUGGUAGUGGUUCCUGAUGAUGAAAUAUAGGUAAAUCAAACAGGAAAAAAAGG